UGUACAUGCUCAACUUCGAAGUUCUAAAAAAGCAAAUUGCUGCAUAGAUUUAGUGCGAUAAACACCGGAAUAUCUGGAACUUCAACAAAAAUGUUUCACAGAAACAUUUUUCAACUGUCCCGUCUAGUCAAAGUUUACAACCCUCAGGUAUGCACGCUUGCUGUACCGUUCGUGCGACGAUUCUCUUUCAAUCUGAGUGCACAAAUUUUUUGGCUCCGACAACAAAAUGAUCCAACUCCCAGACGCUUGUUACAUCUAUCUUCCAAUGCUGCUAAAAAUGCAGAGACUGGUUCCAAAGUUGAUGCAGCAUCAGCCGGUCCUCAGCUGUUAUCGAAAUUGUUCCCUCAGACCGCAGUAGAAGUCAGCGAAGCCGAACAAGCACAAGAGCAAAAACGUAAGGAAGAAGAGGAGGCUAAAAAAGAGAAGGAAUCCUCCUGGAAGCGAAUGAAAUUAGGUUUCGUCGUUUUUGGCGCAUCAGUCACGGCUUUCUCUAUGUACACUGUGUUCAUUUUUGGUGCCCCAGACCGGGAUCCAGAGGGUACCAUAAUUGAAGACGAAUUCACUCCACUACCAACGAUUCAGCAAUAUUUUAAACGAAUGUGGAAAUCGAUGACAUACUACCAGAAAAUGAUUCAGGAACCAUCCAGAGAUAAGCUGCUACCGGAUCCGCUGAAAUAUCCAUAUAUUCAGCCUCCUUACACAUUAGUUUUGGAAAUGAAAGAUGUCCUAGUCCAUCCGGAUUGGACUUACCAGACUGGUUGGCGUUUUAAAAAGCGGCCGGGUAUCGACAAAUUUCUGGAAUCGUUGGCCAGGCAUUUUGAAAUCGUAAUCUAUACCGCUGACCAAGGAAUGACUGUUUUUCCAAUUCUGGAUGCGCUGGAUCCUCACGGUUAUAUAAUGUAUCGUCUUGUACGCGAUGCCACUCAUUUCGUUGAUGGACAUCACGUAAAAAAUUUGGACAACCUCAAUCGUGACCUCCGCAAGGUAAUCGUAGUGGACUGGGAUCCGAACUCCACAAAGCUUCAUCCGGAGAACACACUCAACAUUCCGCGCUGGAGUGGAAACGACGACGAUACCACUAUGUUUGACCUAAUGUCGUUCCUUUUGACGAUCGCCAGCAGCGAGGUUGAUGAUGUGCGGGAGGUGAUGACGUACUACAAACAGUUCGAAAAUCCCCUGAUGCAGUUCCGCGAGAACCAGCGAAGGUUAGCGGAACAGUUGGCUGAAAGAGAGCACGAAGAAAAGCAGCGUGCGAAACCGCCGGUUCAGAAGUGGAGGCCAAGUUUUCUCGGUAGCGCGCGUUAAAUGACUUAUGGACUAUUAGUUUCUAGGCUUGUUUUUAAUUAAUUUGUAAAAUCGAAAAAAAAUACUCCAGUCCCAGGUGGUCAACUGUAGCCGACAUUGUCGGUAACGAAGGGUAUACGUUGUUAUCAUUUUGUACACCCGGCAAAUGGAGUGAAAUAAGUCAAAUGAAAACUAA